AGCAAACAGAGAAGGCUGCCUUCGGCACUUUCCUCCGAAACUGGGAGCACGCAGAUUCCUGGGAGCUGCUACCAUUGCAGUUUAUUUGCAAGGAACUCUUCCCAGUGUUUGAGAGAAUGCGGGAGCCUCCCAGGUGCUGUGGCUGCCUUCGCCCCUUCCCCAGCCUUGGUUCCCAGUUUCAGAAAGGGAUUCCAGGACUUGCAUCUCCCCACGGGCGCAGGCCAGGCCCUUAAGACUUAGGAAGCUAAAACGCUCUGUUGGUUUAAAGGAGGGAUGUGAAGUUUGUCACCUAGAGACUUUGGAGGAGAAAAGUUAAGCCAGCCAGUGCUAGCCCAAGCUGGGCGCAGUUGGCCCGGGCAUUUCUGUCUCUGCCCUCCAAUCACUGACCUCUCUGUGGAGACUGGGCGUUUGUGGUAGUUCUCCCCUCUGUUCUCUACCAUGGGCAAGGCCUGGAGCUGUGAGGCCCAGCCACUGCCCUGCCCGCGCAAUAGGGACUAAAGGCUGGCAGGGCAGGGCCUGGUAUGCUCACCCCUCACUGGCUUUCCUUGCUUCCCUCAUUCCUUUUAUGUGGCAGUCAGUUGUUGGGGAUUCCAGGAGGAUUAACGGGGCCCCUUUCCUCAAGGCAUUCUUUGUGCUGCAAGGUGUUGCCUGGCAAGAGAGGCCAGGUGAGGUGCCAAGGCAGUUUGUUGCCCUGGUAUUGGGUGCCCACUACCUUGGGCGCAUACUUCGCUAUCUUGUCUCUGACUAUUGUCUGUGUUUGGUUUCCUCAUCUGUAAAAUGGGGGUAAUACUACUCCCCGCCUCACAGGCUCAUUGUGAGAUUCAGGGCAUUCGUUUAUUUAACAACCAUACAGCGCUCAAGUAUGGACCAGACAGGUGGUGACUGCUGCACCAUACUUUUUUGUCCCAGGUGGGUGUUACCUGGAUUAGCCAUAAAGUGUGUGAGGCAGGCCUGGCUCAUAAGUAAUCAGGUACACCUGAUUACAGGGGCAAAAAAUAGUAGCAGUGGAAGGUCCAGCUAAAGUUGAAAUGCGCUUCUUCUGAACCAUCUUUCUGGCUUAGCUCAUGCUAAGCUCAUGCGCUCUGUCUUCCUGGAAUGCCCUCCCUCCCUUGUCUUGCCCAGGAUUCUCCACCCUCCUGGGAGCCAUCCGGUGCCUGCUCCCUAGCAGGAGGGAUGGGAUAUGCCCUGAGCUCACUCAGCUCCUCCGGCACUGACCCAGUUCUCAUCUCACGAAUUGCCAUGUGGCUUAUCUCUGCCCUGUCCUCUGACUCUGGAGGGUGGGGCUGUUUCUAACUUACCUCUUGGUGGCAGCACUCAGGAUGGGCCUUGCCUAGUAUAGGUGCUCAGGAAGUUAGUUGUCGUUAAUUGAACAACAGAGGCAGCACAGGGAAGUGGUUUUCCUGUGGUUAAAAUAUGGGACCUUGAAGGCUGGGUUUGGAUAGGCAGAGAAAAGUGGGGAGGGUGAGAUGGAGAUGAAUUGGAACCAAGAGGUGGAAGUGGAAGUCCCGUCUGAUGCCUUUAUGCAUGAUAUUUUAGAAGGGGCCCACCCUGGGUGGAUGUGUCUAGAAGACCAGGAUUGAUUAGUGAUGCCUAGGUAAUGUGACUGGGGAAGUGAUGUGUGGCUUGGGAUGACAGGAGUGGGAGUUGAGACAAAAUAGAUUAGUGUGGGUUCUUCUUGGGAACUCACUGUAGAAAAGAAAUUGGUGUGGGCAGGAGGUGAAUGUGGAACCAUAAUGCCUGCUGAAUGCCGGAACAUCAGAGAUCCCAGAACCUUUCUGGUGCACCCCCUCCUCCUUCUUGGAUUCACCCCGCUUCUUCCUCUCUCUCUCUCUUUUUCUUUUCUUUUUGAGAUGGAUCUCACCCUGUUGCCCAGGCUGGAGUCCAGUGGUGCAAUCUUGGCUCACUGCAACCUCUGCCUCCUGGGUUUAAGUGAUUCUCCUGCCUUAGCCUCCUGAGUAGCUGGGAUUACAGGCAUAUGCCACCAUGCCUGGCUAAUUUUUGUAUUUUUAGUGGAGACGAGGUUUCACCAUGUUGGCCAGGCUGGUCUUGGACUCCUGACCUCAAGUGAUCUACCCACCUCGGCCUCCCAAAGUGCUGGGAUUACAGGUGUGAGUCACCACGCCUGGCCUCCCGUCUCUUCUUAGCCACCAUCUUCUCCUGUAAGCCUGAAGCAGUUCCUGGCACUUGGUUCCAUAAGGAAGCAUCCACGCAAGGGUAUGCUUCACCAGCACAGCCAAGAAAACGGACUUUUCACUUUCUCUGGAUUUUUGUCUACAAUACCCUCUGAUCCCAUUGCCCCCAGAAUAGUAGGAGUUUUGAGUGAUACCUAGGAAAGCUCUUAGGAUUAAUGAAGAAACUGAGGUUUUCUUGGUGGGAGUUUGCAUUUUUAAGGGAGUUGUUGAAAUUCAGUGGAGCUGUCAGAUAACCACUGAAACUGUUACACAUUAGGCUUACUGACCCUGUCUCCUACAACCCAUGAAAUAAAACCUGAUAGUCACAUAGUUGUUUGUUAUUUGGGAAGAUCCUGAAAGUACAGCCUGAACAGUGACCCAAACCACGGCUGGCCUUGCCCACGCUGAUGAGAGGAAGGAAUGGGUAGGGGCAACCAAGGAGUUGGGGGACAGAGUUCUCUGUGCUGGGUAACCUGGGACAAGCCACCGAGCCACACAGAACCCCCAUGUUCUGGUUGAUAAAAUGCCUGCCUGGAAUGGAGAAUCAGAUGAUAAGAUGUUCCCAAAGGGGUUUGAGAUAAGGGGGUGGUGAUGACAAUGUUGAUAAUCGUGGGUAUAUGACUGCCUGGAGCUGUGAAGCUGGGGUAGAGCAUGUGGUGGUCAAAGCUUGGUUAUGGGAUCUCUAGUUUUCCAGGGGCUUGGGCUCUGCCUUAGCAGAAAAGAAGGAAAGGAAAUUGAGAGGGAAGUCAGGUGUCCCCUGCCCCUCAGACCUGGGAGCUGCUGGCAUGGAGGAUGUGAGAUGGAGGGGAAUCUGAGUGAGGGCCGAGAGGAGAAACAUGGAGGCUGCUCACAGGGAGGCUGAGGGAGCAGAUCCAGCCUGGGGAGUGGGACCGCUGGGGGAAAGGGCGUGUGUGUCGGUGGGGAAGGAGUGGUGAUGAUGGAUGUGAGCGUGCUGUGUCUACUAAAAAGGUCAUGGCUAUUUUUAGGAAGUAGGUGACAAGGCAUAUUCCUGUAGAACUGCUCGUUGCUGAGCAGUUGGCCUCACCCUUCGAGGUGUGCAUAAAAGGAGAGACUGCCCCCACUCACCCUAGAGUCAUCCCCCUGGUGUCCCCGAGACCUGGGACACUGGAUGAGGACCAGGUUUGGAGGAUGAAGAAGAUCACGUAUUUGGUUUUGGACCUGUUGUGUUUGAGGUGUCUUUGAUAUACCAAAUAAGCUGGUGGGUCUGGGGCUCAGGGGGUGUUGCCUAGACAGACAUUUGUCUAGGUUGUGUUUGUAUUUGAAGUUGUGGGCACGGCGAGAUUAAAGAAUUCACCUCAAACAGCUGAGUAAAGGAAGAUAAGCCCACAAAGGACUCAGAAAAAGAGCGGCCUGAGAGGGGCCCAGAAAGCCAGGACAGAGUUGUAUCAGGAGCCAGGAUCUCACCAUGAGCUACCCCGGCUAUCCCCCGCCCCCAGGCGGCUACCCGCCAGCUGCACCAGGUGGUGGUGCCUGGGGAGGUGCUACCUACCCUCCACCCAGCGUGCCCCCUAUCGGGCUGGAUAACGUGGCCAACUAUGCGGGGCAGUUCAACCCGGACUACCUCUCGGGAAUGGCGGCCAACAUGUCUGGGACGUUUGGAGGAGCCAACAUGCCCAACCUAUACCCUGGGGCCCCUGGAGCUGGCUAUCCACCAGUGCCUCCUGGGGGCUUUGGGCAACCCCCUCCUGCCCAGCAGCCUGUUCCUCCCUAUGGGAUGUAUCCACCCCCAGGAGGAAACCCACCCUCCGGGAUGCCCUCAUAUCCACCAUACCCAGGGGCCCCUGUGCCGGGCCAGCCCAUGCCACCCCCUGGACAGCAGCCCCCAGGGGCCUACCCUGGGCAGCCACCAGCAACCUACCCCGGUCAGCCUCCAAUGCCACUUCCUGGGCAGCAGCAGCAGCAGCCAGUGCCAAGCUACCCAGGAUACUCAGGGUCUGGGACCGUCACCCCUGCUGUGCCCCCAACCCAGUUUGGAAACAGAGGCACCAUCACCGAUGCUCCCAGCUUUGAUCCCCUGCGAGAUGCUGAGGUGCUGCGGAAGGCCAUGAAAGGCUUCGGCACGGAUGAGCAGGCCAUCAUCGACUGCCUGGGGAGUCGCUCCAACAAGCAGCGGCAGCAGAUCAUCCUGUCCUUCAAGACGGCUUAUGGCAAGGAUUUGAUCAAAGAUCUGAAAUCUGAACUGUCAGGAAACUUUGAGAAGACAAUCUUGGCUCUGAUGAAGACCCCAGUCCUCUUUGACGUUUAUGAGAUAAAGGAAGCCAUCAAGGGGGUUGGCACUGAUGAAGCCUGCCUGAUUGAGAUCCUCGCUUCCCGCAGCAACGAGCACAUCCGGGAAUUAAACAGAGCCUACAAAGCAGAAUUCAAAAAGACACUGGAAGAGGCCAUUCGAAGUGACACGUCAGGGCACUUCCAGCGGCUCCUCAUCUCUCUCUCUCAGGGAAACCGUGAUGAAAGCACAAAUGUGGACAUGACCCUGGUCCAGAGAGAUGCCCAGGAGCUGUAUGCGGCUGGGGAGAACCGCCUGGGAACAGAUGAGUCCAAGUUCAAUGCAGUUCUGUGCUCCCGGAGCCGGGCCCACCUGGUGGCAGUUUUCAAUGAGUACCAGAGAAUGACAGGCCGGGACAUUGAGAAGAGCAUCUGCCGGGAGAUGUCUGGGGACCUGGAGCAGGGCAUGCUGGCCGUGGUGAAAUGUCUCAAGAAUACCCCAGCCUUCUUUGCGGAGAGGCUCAACAAGGCCAUGAGGGGGGCAGGAACAAAGGACCGGACCCUGAUUCGCAUCAUGGUGUCUCGCAGCGAGACCGACCUCCUGGACAUCAGAUCGGAGUAUAAGCGGAUGUACGGCAAGUCGCUGUACCACGACAUCUCGGUACGGGCCUGCUACAGCCAGACUGGGCUUCCUUUUGGCAUCCCAGUCACCUGUGGACCCUUCCUCCUUGGAGUGGCCAUAUGCUUGGCCCCUGUGCUGUGUAUGAGCAUCUUGUUUGUGGACCUCGGACUUGCCCGUUGCCCCUAAGCAGGUUAUAAGCUUCUGAGGGCAGGUGGGUCAUGACCUUGCUGUCACCCCGACCUUGCAUCCCCCAGCAGCAUCAGAGAACACUCAGGACCUCCCCAACCUUGACCCUGACCUUCAGCGUCCCGGCCACCCUGUGAUUCCAUAAUCUGUCAGUGAGAACUCAUGUGCUGACCUGACAAAGCACUUCUUGCACUCAGGUUUAUGGCGUAGGACACGUGGGAAGGCCAUUCAGAGUGAGGGCCCUGGGGAUCACGCCAUUUGGAGUCCGGCUUUUCUACUUGCCAACUGUGUGACCUUGAACAGUUUCCUUAAACCUCCAUGCACCCCAGCUCCAUUGUCUUUAAAAUGAGAAAAUAAUCCUUCCCAAGAAUGUUGUGAGUAUUGAGUGAGGCAGUACAGGUCAAGUGUCUGUUUAAUACUAGCCACUGUGUAUCACCAUGCGGCAGAGCAGGUCUGACAAAAUAUAUAUUCAGCUGUGUGAUCUAAUACUCAAA